AAAAAUCACGCUAUAACGCAAAAGAAAAAAAGGAUUCUGUGAGAAUUAAAGUAUUAUUUCAAAGAGAGUAAAUCGCCAGAAAAUCACACUAUUGUUGCCUUCUUUGGUGAAGCUCGGCUUGCAAUCAACGGAGAUAUAACAUCUUUCCAUCAAUGCCUUGGAGUGAUAUCUGAAGAAAAUCGGCACCGCCAAUGAAAGUGAAUCCUGGAAACCACUGCAAAAUGCGGCCAAAAUCGACAUACCGUCAAAUAAUAUGGACCGGAAUUCAAAACUCAAUCAUCUAUUACGAAUCUGCUAGAGAUAAGUUUUUAUUUUUGGUUAAUAACCUAGCACGAAGGAUCUACUAUUUACAAUAAUAAAGAUCUUGAAGUUAUAUAUCCUAAAUUCUUAUUAGUGAGCAAUUUCUUUUGCUUUCCAAAAUCGAAAUUCACAUGAUGAAAAAUUUGUGAUGCUAUGUAAUACUUUUUUGAUCUUUACUUUCUUUAAUUCUAUUAACAAACACAUUAGAGACUUACUAAAAAAUUAUUAUCUAUGGAUGAUGAAAUGACCCAAAAAAAAAAAUUCGUCCCUUUUUUUCAUUUAUUACAUUGGUCUUACCAUUUUUAUUCCAUUAUAUCACAUUAAUAAUAUAUAUUGUCGAUAGAUGACUGAAUUUGCAUGCAUGUUUUUUCUUGUUUGGAGUUGUUACGAUUAAGCUUGAAUGAUAAUUGAUUGUAGGUUGCAUGAAAUUGGAAGUGAGUACACGAAAGUGAAACAUCUGGAAUCGCCGAUGCGUUUUUUUCCGAAAAAUAGAGAACUGUUUUCUUCCACACUUCCUUUUUACUAGGCAGUGUUAACCAAUUGAGAGAGAAAAAUGAUGGUUGAUGAAAAUGUGGAAACCAAGGCCUCUACUUUAGUGGCAAGUGUUGAUCAUGAUCAUCAUGGGUUUGGAUCCGGGUCGGGUCAUGAUCAUCAUGGGUUAUCGGCGUCUGUGCCUCUGCUUGGUGUUAACUGGAAGAAGAGAAGGAUGCCAAGACAGAGACGAUCUUCUUCUUCCUUUAACCUUCUCUCUUUUCCUCCUCCUAUGCCUCCUAUUUCCCACGUGCAAACUCCUCUCCCCGCACGUAAAAUUGACCCAACAAAGCUAAGAUUCCUCUUCCAAAAGGAACUCAAGAACAGUGACGUCAGCUCCCUCCGCCGUAUGAUACUCCCCAAGAAAGCGGCAGAGGCUCACUUGCCGGCACUGGAAUGCAAGGAAGGGAUUCCAAUAAGAAUGGAAGAUUUGAAUGGUCUUCACGUUUGGACCUUCAAGUAUAGGUACUGGCCAAACAACAAUAGCAGAAUGUACGUGCUAGAAAACACAGGCGAUUUUGUGAACGCUCAUGGUCUGCAGCUAGGUGACUUCAUCAUGGUUUACCAAGAUCUCUACUCAAACAAUUACGUUAUACAAGCAAGAAAGGCAUCAGAAGAAGAAGGAGACGUAACCAAUGUUGAAGAAGACGACGUUUACACAAACUUAACAAGGAUCGAAAACACGGUCGUUAACGAUCUUCUCCUCCAAGAUUUUAAUCAUCACAACACCAACAACAACAACAACAACAACAACAGCAACAAAUGUUCUUACUAUUAUCCCAUCAUCGACGAUGUCACUACAACCACUGGUUCUUUUGUCUACGACACGACGGCUUUAACCUCCAACGACACUCCUCUCGAUUUUUUGGGUGGACAUACGACGACUACUAAUAAUUAUUAUUCCAAGUUUGGAACAUUCGAUGGUUUGGGCUCCGUUGAGAAUAUAUCUCUCGAUGACUUCUACUAGAUGAUCAAUCGAUGGGCUCAUGAUGAUUGUUAAUGGUGAUCAACUAUUUUAUUUCCUUAUAAUAGAUACCCUAUAAGAAUUAAGUGCAUUUGGCAUAUAUAUUAUCAAGUGUUCAGUAUUACAUUACAGUUUAUAUGAAAAUUAUAGCUAGAUGGGAGUCAUAUGAAGGUGUGUUGUGUUGUGUUUGAUGAAUAAAUGUUAUUUAGUGUAACGGCUUUAAUA